AUGGGCGAGAAAAAACACGACAUCAGCCCCGACGGCACUGGCCAGGAACAAAGGGAGGCCGUGUCUGGAACAUCUCCCGAGGACUCCGUCGCCGAGAAACAGGGCGAGCGCCGCGAGGUUACCAUUUCCGAGGACGAUGAGGAGACCUACAAGGAACUUCCCUACUGUUGGCCCGCAUGGUACAGGUGGUACAUCCUUACCGUCAUCUUCGUCAUCCAGUGUUCCAUGAACUUCAACGCCAGCAUCUACGGCAAUGGCGUCGGCGGCAUGGAAGAAGCUUUUGGCCUGAGUGCCCAAGGUGCUCGUGUCGGCCAGAUGAUAUUCCUCGUCGCCUACGCUUUCGGCUGUGAGCUAUGGGCCCCCUGGAGUGAGGAGUUUGGGCGAAAGAUCAUCCUCCAGUUGAGUCUUGGCCUUGUCAACAUCUGGCAGAUUCCCUGCGCCCUAGCCCCCAACUAUGGUACUAUCGUCGUUUGCCGUUUUCUCGGUGGCCUCUCUUCCGCGGGUGGAUCUGUCACCCUAGGCAUGGUGGCCGACAUGUGGCAACCCGAUGACCAGCAGUUCGCUGUCGCCUAUGUUGUCUUCUCCUCCGUCGGUGGCUCUGUCAUUGGCCCAAUUGUCGGUGGCUUCGUGGAGACGUACCUGCACUGGCGAUGGGUGUUCUGGCUUCAGCUUAUUUUUGGAGGCGCAACUCAGCUUCUCCAUGCCCUCACCGUCAAGGAAACAAGAACCUCGGUUUGUCUCAAUCGGAUUGCCGCCCAGCGACGCAAGGAUGGCGACAAGGACGCCCUUACUCUUGAUGAGUACAGGAAAAUGAAGAUCAAGGAGUCGGGCGUUUGGAACAUUGGCGGCCUUCCUCUUAAAGAGAUCGGGACCAUCUGGUUCCGACCGUUUAAAAUGUUCCUGACGGAGCCCAUCGUCCUUUUCCUUUCGCUCCUGAGUGGUUUCAGUGAUGCUCUCAUCUUUACCUUCCUUGAGUCGUACAGCCCUGUCUUCAAGCAAUGGGAUUUUAGUGCGAUUGACAUUGGUCUCGCCUUCAUUCCGCUUCUUGUUGGCUAUCUGAUUGCCUACUUUUCCUUCUUCCCCUGGUUUUAUAAGCAACGACAGAAGCUCAGAGCAGGGACUCUCCAGCCGGAGUAUCGUUUAUGGUGGUUGCUGUUCACUGCACCACUCGAAACGAUUGGUCUUUUUGGCUUCGCUUGGACAAGUCUUGGGCCGGAGUACAACGUCCACUGGAUCGCACCAAUGAUAUUCUCCGCGCUCGUCGGUAUUGCCAACUAUGCUAUCUACAUGGCUACAAUUGACUAUAUGGUCGCGUCCUAUGGACCUUACUCUGCUUCUGCUACCGGAGGCAAUGGGUUUGCCAGAGACUUCCUUGCGGGUAUCGCCGCGCUUUAUGCCACACCACUCUACACCAAUGUUGGUGGCAAGUUCCACCUUGAAUACGCUUCGACUAUUCUUGCUUGUCUUGCACUUUUGGUCACAAUUCCGAUUUACAUCUUCUACUUUUACGGGCCUCAAAUCCGCGCAAGGUCCAAGUUCGCGCAGGAGAUCGACAACGAAACUCACAAGCACGAAGAUCACCGUCGUGAGUCUUUGCGCAUUGCGCAGGUUUAA